CGCAUAUAUUGCUCACGGCAUUAUUACAUCUCAGCUGCAAGCUCUCUUUGCUGUUACAGUGGUUCUAUCCGACCCUGGAUUCAACCUGGACAUUCAACUCGAUAAACAUCCGAACACGCGCACGCGACAGGUUUCCCCGGAAUAUACAACGUGCGUUAACCUUUGACCCUCCAUGGUUGUGGUGUUGAACGAGCUUCGCCAACCAUUGUGGGGCUCCGUACACACAACACCAGCGUUCCUAGACCUAUAUCUGCCAACUACUGAGCCGUCGCCCUGAGAGGUGUUCCUAACUCUCAAGCCAUGUUUCUUUUUAAUAAGAACAACGCGUUGCCGCGCUCAAGACAGUCAUCUAUAGACUCCCUGGUCACCGACCCCUCGACCUCGACCUCGGCUUCGACCUCAGAUGUUUGGGUGUCUCAAUCAGAUGUAUCUUCUUAUGGGGAAAUGCCUUCACCAGAGCAAAGAGAACGAACUCACCCUGGAAAGAGAAGCUCUGUAUUUAAUCUACGAUCGAGAAGUAAUACAGCUACCUCCACCUCUUCAUCGUUUGUGUCUGUACCCUCAGACAUGACUGGAACUGAUGAUCCGUCGCAGCGAUCAUCGCAAGACCUUCGUAAUCUUGCUGGUCACGGUUUCUUGGAGCUCAGUGGGGGAAAGAGGUCACUGUUCGCGCGUGGAAAGAGGACCAAGAGGCAAAGUAGUCAAUAUUUCCCGGGAUAUAAUGUAAACGAGAUUGAGGAGACGGACAGUGGUAAUAAGAGGGCUACGGUCUUGCGGAAGGGUAGAAGGAGCAAUGUAUCUGAGGGCUCUAUCCAACACCUAAAACACCGCAUAUCCAGUCCCUUUGACUUCCAGCAUCUCACACAUACCGAUCGACAGCAAUUCGCGGCCCUAGAAAAAACUUCUGAAAAUGAUCUUGUUGCUGAAUUUUGGGCCGUUCGCGCUUCACAGGCUCCUCGCCGCGAUCUCACUGGUAUAAAGGCUGAUGAUUUGCUUUUUCAGAAUUUCUCUUCCGAAAAUCUAGCAAACCCGGGGUCGAGGUCGCAGUCAGCCUUAGGUAUCAGAUCACCUCCUCUGAGUCCAGAGCGUGCCAAAGAGUGGCAGCAACCUGAGCUGUCUUCACAAGAGUCUGCUGGGAGAGCCAUUCGCUUAAGCAGGUCUGUCGAAAGCUUCUCACAACCUGGAGUGAAGCCUCGCCUCCAUCGUCACUCCCAGUCUGCAAAUCCUCCCCCUCGAUCGUCAUCAUCCCGGCUUCCUCUUGCUCGAAUCGACGACUUUCCUGAAGAAUCUUCAGACACCCAAAGACAUUCCCCUCCCGCUAGGUCACGUUCGAAUAGGAGCUCUGGAAUGUGGGAUAAAUUUGUACCUUUGAGUCCUCCAACCAUGGGAGAGAAGCUCCCACCUAUUACAGAUGAGCCAGGCUACUUCGGACACGCUGUUACCACCCCUGAUGAUUCCGCAAUCCAUACGAUCACACCACCUUUCAGUCCCGACUUAGAAAACGUCCCUGAGGAGCCGGACCGUUUCCACAACCCCCGACCUGCUCCUCAUCCACCCAUCCGAUCCUCCAAGGCUCCCAAAUCGCCGUCAUUUGAUUCAUUCUCCUUCCGCACUAACCAACGUUCACCUAGAUCACGGUCCAAUAGUCGAGUAAGUCCUUUCGCAUCCCCGAAGAACACCCAGCGUAGUCCUAUGACUCGCCCAAUCUCCCAAAUGUCGGACACGUUAGGAUCGCCAACACUUUCUCGGAGGAAUUCUGUCCGGCGAGCUCCUGCCGCGCGGAGGAAAUCUAACACCUGGCGCGCCAUUGAUGAAUCAUGGGAAGACGAUGUCGACUAUAUCUAUGAGAAUGCUCUAGAAGCAGAUUGCGAUUAUGACUGGGAUCAUACAUCGAACGACGGAGCUUUCGAGGAUAGGGAUCGUACUCCUGAGCAGCAAGACCACGAACGCCCUUCAACUGCAAUUUCACAGGCCACACAGACAGCUUCGGUGGCAUCAGAGGAUGAACCUACUAUUCAAACCAGGUUCUUCCCGAGCGCAUUCCGACCUUCUCUUCUUGUUCCAACGGCAACCAACGUCCCAGACCUCGAGUCCAGGUCCGCCGUUUCUGCUUCCACAGCUGAUACCAGUGUGCAAACACCCUCUGAUUUUUUCAGUAUAAUGGGUCAUCGACCGUCUCCUUUUACGGAAGCUGAAGGGUUCAGCCUCACUCCAUCCCUUCUCAUUCCCCAAGAGUAUAAAGACGUCUCCCGUGAAGAAAUCUAUGACGAUCUUCUUGCAGAGUAUGAAGGGUCUGACAGGCACUUCCCUCUCAUUGACGCGAAUCAGAGCGUUACAAGCUCGAGCCGCAGUAGUCACGUUCGUUCUAGUAAACGAAGCUCUUAUGAUAGCAGCCUCAUGUCUUCUGGUCAGGGUUCCAGUUCCUGGAGUUCCCCAGUGCGCCGCUCCGCAAGCUCCUCUGGCAGUCUCCCAGAACUAAUACACUCUCGACGUGCCCGGAAGAACUUCGACAUCAUGGUUGAUCAGCUCACGGACCAGGUAGCAUCUUUUACAUCUUUCGGGGAAGACGGCAAUGAGAACAUGGAAGACGACGAUACAACCCCUCCUGGACGUCCUUCGCAGGAUCGAACAUUCUUUGCCUCUGAUGAAGAAGAGCAUCAAAGCUAUGGCGAUCGCCAGGAGUCCAUUGAGAGUGAGGUCAGAGCUUCACUAGAAUUGGCUCGCCAAGGUUCAACGCGUUCCACCCGUCCUCCUCCUUUGCACUACCACAAAUACGCUUCAUCAGACGGCGCCACAAAGCUGCUUGGAUCUCCUCUUCGAAAAACUCCAGAGUUGCAGCAACCACCUAAGUACCGCAAUCGAGCCUCAAGCUCCAGUAACGCUGUUCGAGGAAAUAGGCAGACUUAUCUCAGCCUCUUUCCAGCACCCCCAAAGCACACACCACUUCCCACACCAACGCUUGGGGCUACAUUCAACCCUACAUCACCAAAGUUUUAAGGGUUUGCUUUCCAAGCCUUUAAGUUUGCACCACUCUUCUUAUUUUUCUCGAUACCUUGUACUUCUAUGGUGCUCUCACCAUCCUGCAUUCUUAAUGGCGCAAAGCCCGGCAGGCUCUUUUGAAUACUCUGGCAGGACCACUCUAUUCAAUAUUGACGAUGGUCAUGCCUCUUUCAUUUCCAUUCAUUGUAGACACUCAUCACGACUAGUGUGUUUACAGGUUUCCAAAAGGACAGUUUUCAAUCCCUGGGUUUAUGGGCU